UCCAAUAUUCAUGCACCCACACCACAUGCAUAUACAACUAGCCAUGCAUUUCUCACUACACCCCUUCAUCUUCUCUGUCCUUUCCCUGUUUCUCUUCCUAGUUUUCCUUCUCAAAUGGCUCUCCAUCACCGCCCGACCGCCACACAAAAAUCCACCGCCGUCUCCCCGAAAGCUCCCUGUGAUCGGAAACCUCCACCAAAUCGGCCCCAUCCCCCACCUCUCCUUCCACUCCCUCUCCCAAGCUCAUGGCCCCUUAAUGCUCAUCCACUUCGCCACCGCCCCCGUCCUAAUUGCCUCCUCCUCUACCGCUGCCCAUGACAUCAUGAAAACCCACGACCUUGUCUUCUCCAAUCGACCCAAAUCGACCAUCUGUGAUAAAUUCCUAUAUGGAUCGAAGGACGUGGCUUUCAGCCCUUACGGCGAGUACUGGAGGCAGAUGAAGAGCAUCUUCGUCCUCCAACUGUUGAGCAACAAGCAAGUCCAAUCCUUUCGUGGUGUUAGGGAAGAAGAGACAGCGCUUAUGAUCAAGAAGAUUUCGGGUUCUGGUUGUGAUGUGGUGAACUUGAGCGAACUGAUCGUGGAGUUGACGGGGGAUGUGGUGUGUAGGGUGGCAUUGGGACGGAAAUACGACGACGGCAGCGGCGGCGGAGGAAGGGGGAGAAGGGGGCUUAAGAAGGUUUUGGGAGAGUUUGUGGAGUUAUUUGGGGUUUUUGAUAUUGGAGAUUUUGUACCGCGGCUUAAGUGGGUGAAUAGAGUAAAUGGGGUGUAUGGGAGAGUGGAGAGACUUUCCAAGGAGUUGGACGAGUUUUUGGAGGGUGUGGUGAAAGAGCAUGAGGGUAGAGAGAGAAAGGGAGGAGAGAGAGAGCAGGAUUUUGUGGAUGUGUUGCUUGAAGUUCAGAGAGAGAACGUGACUGGAAUUCCUAUUCAUAGAGAUAGCGUCAAAGCUCUUAUUUUGGAUGUAUUCGCUGCUGCAACUAAUACUACAUCCACAACUCAAGAAUGGGUGAUGACAGAGCUCUUAAAACAUCCUCAAGCCAUGAAAAAACUCCAAGCCGAAUUCAGAAGAACAGCCCAACCAAACCAUCCUAUAACCGAGGAUGAUCUAGACCAAAUGCCCUACCUAAAGGCUGUGAUCAAAGAGACUCUACGCCUCCACCCUCCGGGUCCCCUUAUCGUGCCCCGGCAGUCGACCAAAGACGUCCAAGUAAUGGGCUACGACAUCGCGGCCGGGACACGCGUGGUCGUCAACGCUUGGGCGAUCAUGCGGGAUCUGGCGUCUUGGGAAGAGCCCGAGCAAUUUAGGCCUGAGAGGUUUUUGAACCGUCCGAUCGAUCUUAGAGGACACAAUUUCGAGUUCCUACCGUUUGGAGCAGGGAGGAGGGGGUGCCCAGGGAUUCAAUUCGCGGCGGCGAUCAAGGAGCUGGCCAUCGCAAAUCUGGUGCACAAGUUUGAUUUUGCAUUGCCUGAUGGGGUGGAGUUGGAUGUGAGUGAAGUUGCUGGUAUCACUGUUCACAAAAAGUUUCCUCUGCUUCUUGUUGCAACUACUUGGUCUUGCUAAUUGGAGUACCAUGUAAAAGUACUUCAAGCUCUUAUUGUUGUAGUAUGAAUAAUGAAACAUAUAUCAACUUCACAUUUGAAAAGCUUCUCUCCGCUGAAGCAUCUGUGAUCGAUAUAAUUAAUAAAAUUCGAUAAACAACUCAAACCAUUUGGAAACUACCAUA